UCACACUUCCAUUCAGAAGAAAAAAAGCCGAGAGAGAGAGAGAGGGAGAGAGCGUGGAGAGGGAUAGGCUCUGUGUCUGUGUCGUCUGUUGUGUUGGAGGGCUACGAAUCCACAACAGAAUCACACACCCCCUUCAAACCAAAUUCAAUCACAGACUCCCCUCCGCCUCCAACCAAAUUCUCUCAGACGACUUCACUUGUGUGUUCAUUGUUUUCCUCUCUUUCAAUCACAACCUCGUCGAUAAGAUACUUCACCAGGGGGGUUUUGUGGAGAGAUUUAUGUCUUCUGAGUUUCAUCUGUCCUCUGGAGCUUUGAAGCAGCUCUGCCUUUGUUUUUUGUCUCCGUUCUUCACCCUUCACAUGCAAUUUCGUUCUCGUCAACAACAACCUUUUCAACCCUUUUUUCUGCAAUUAACAUCAAAUCGGUCUUGUUCUGGAGUGAAGAGGUUUCAAGCUUCUACAAGAUACCAUAAUCUCUUCUCAAUUUUGGUUCAUUUUUGUUUCAGGGUUUUGGGUUUUCGUUGACAUUGAAGAUCGCUAAAACUUCCUCUGUUCUCCUGCCUUCGUUUAUUCAUUCAUUAUAUUCUGAGGUUCCGAAGGCAGUUUCCAAAUCAAGAUAUGUAUGGUAAGGAGGAGAAGAAAAUGAAGCAACUAAGAGAAGGAAAGUCCAUUUCUAUGAGGAAAGUUCGUGUACUGUUUCACGAUCCUGAUGCCACCGACUACUCAAGUGAAGAAGAUGAACAUGUCAAUCAAGAUGCUAAAAACAUUGUCUGGGAGAUAUCAGUGCCAGAUAUCCGCCAUAAGAUAUCCAAGGAGAGCUCACAUGGAGGCAAAAUUAGAACCAAGGCUGAAGUCAAACCAAGCAGUAGCAGAACACAAAGAUCGUCUUCGAUGUAUAAAGGCGUUCGACGAAGGAAAUGGGGGAAAUAUGCAGCAGAGAUUCGAGAUCCGUUUCGUGGCCGAAGAUUGUGGCUUGGUACUUAUAACACCGCUGAGGAAGCUGCUGUUGCUUAUCAGAGAAAGAAGCACGAGUUCGAAAGUAUACAAUCGAUGGCGAAGGGCAGUGGUGAGCUCGGCCGAGAGCAACGGGAUGGAUCAGUUGCUGAUUACACAGAUGAAUCUGAAAACAUUAUAGCUUUGUUUUCUCAUCCUUCACCAUCAUCUGUACUUGAUGUUUGUUGUGAAAGUUUAUGCAGCAAUGUGGAUCAAACUAUGGAACAUUCAAUCACUGAAGGAUGUAUGCCUGUGGUAGAUGAUGAAGACAUCCUGAAAUCGAUCUAUGAAGAUGAGCAGUCCAUUUUAGACAUCGUGGAAGCGACCCCGACCCCGACCCCGACCUCGAUAACACUACCGCGGUUAGAUACUCAGGAAUUGGACUUUCAAGUUCUUGAAGACAAUUCAUUGAUCUUCAAUGAUUUUGAUCAGUUCUUUCAUGACACGAACUUCAGAGACAAUUAUACUCUACACAGCAUCGAAAACAGUGUCGGGGCGCUCGAUCUUCCUCCGAUGGAUAUGGAAUUCGACAAGGAGUUUUCAUGGUUUGACGAUACGAUGAGUAUAUCAUGCAUGUAAGUUUUGCAGUUAGGAGAUAGUAAUAGUCUUAAGAGCAGUAAAAAAAGAAAAAAAACAACCAUUGUGAGGAUGCAAUCUGUGGUAAUGUUUGUAGAGAAAGAGAGAGAGAGUUCUUGGGUUUUUGUGUGUGCUUUUAGAGCCGUCCAAGACAUUUUUUUGGCAACUUUCGUUUGUACUGCUAAGUUUACAUAACUAUUAUGAAUGCAAGUUCUGGUAAGGAAGCCUUUGGCGGCUGCUGCUGCUGCUCUGCACCAAUGCAAAUUCAUUCAGAAA